UGGCCACUCUCCGGGCUUGCACACCGGAGGCCAAACCAGCCCGGCGAGCAGCGGGGGCCCUCUGGGAAGUGCUACCUUGCGUCUAACGGACCCAGAGUUCUUCCUGCGCCGAGGAACCUUUUAUAAACUCAAGAUUUAUUGAAUGCUGGACAUAUAUCAGUUGAUUGUUAGAGCGUGGGUUAUAGAAAAAGAAGCGACGCCCUCCCCAUCCCCCCCACCCCUGCUAUCAUGAUGCUUAUGUUGCCGAGGACCAGAUAAUAAACAAACUUGCUCAGGACCACCCUCCCUAAAAAGAAGAGGAAAUGAUGGAGUCCGAGGGACAAGUGACAUUCAAAGACGUGGCCAUUGAUUUCACCCCGGAAGAAUGGAAGCAACUGGAUCCUACUCAGCGGAACCUAUAUAGGAAUGUGAUGCUGGAAAAUUAUAACAACUUAAUCACAAUAGGCCCGCCACUCACCAAACCUGAUGUGAUUUUCAAGUUGGAGCAGGAGGAAGAACCAUGCGUAGUGGAGAGAGAUGUGUCAAGGAGACACUGUCCAGGAGAGAUUUUGGGAAUUAAUGAGCACCAGAAAACCCAGGACAGACUCUCGAGACAAGUUUUCAAGGAAAUAGUGGUGAUUAAUGAAACUGAUGAAUGUCCUAAGAAAUUGACAAAUACGUUUUUCCCAAACACAGACUCCGUUCCUUCCAGACACAAUCUCUAUGAAUGUGAUAGUGUCGUCAAGGAAAUAGUGGUGAUUAAUGAAACUGAUGAAUGUCCUAAGAAAUUGACAGAUACGUUUUUCCCAAACACAGACUCCGUUCCUUCCAGACACAAUCUCUAUGAAUGUGACAGUGUCGAAAAGUGUUUAGAACCCAAUUUUGGUGAUCAUGAUAAUGUAAAACACCCGUCGCCGGAGGAACAAUUUGAAUACGAUGAUGCUAUGCAAGCGUUUCACACCAGCUCGCCCCAUUUUGUACUGACCCCCUUUAAGUGCAACCAUUGUGGGAAAGGCUUUAGUCAGACCUUGGACCUCAUUAGACACCUGAGAGUUCAUACAGGGGGGAAACUCUAUGAAUGCCACCAGUGUGGAAAAGGCUUUAGCCACAAGGAGAAACUUAUCAAUCAUCAUAAACUUCAUAGUCGGGAGCAGUGCUAUGAGUGUAACGAAUGCGGGAAAACUUUCAUCAAGAUGUCAAAUCUCAUUAGACAUCAAAGAAUUCACACCGGUGAGAAACCCUAUGUGUGCCAGGAAUGUGGGAAAUCCUUCAGCCAGAAAUCGAAUCUCAUUGAUCACGAAAAAAUUCACACUGGCGAGAAGCCUCACGAAUGUAACGAAUGUGGAAAAUCCUUCAGCCAGAAACAAAGCCUUGUCGCACAUCAGAAAGUUCACACUGGGGAGAAACCUUACGCGUGUAACGAGUGUGGGAAAGCCUUCCCUCGGAUCGCUUCCCUUGCUCUUCACAUGAGAAGUCACACGGGAGAAAAACCAUAUAAGUGUGAUAAGUGUGGAAAAGCCUUCUCUCAGUUUUCCAUGCUUAUCAUACACGUGAGAAUCCACACUGGUGAGAAGCCGUACGAAUGCAGCGAGUGUGGAAAAGCCUUCUCUCAGAGCUCGGCACUGACUGUACACGUCAGAAGCCACACGGGCGAGAAACCCUAUGAAUGUAAGGAAUGCAGAAAAUCCUUCAGUCAUAAGAAGAACUUCAUCACCCAUCAGAAAAUUCAUACUCGAGAGAAACCUUACGGAUGCAACGAAUGUGGGAAGGCUUUCAUCCAGAUGUCAAACCUCGUCAGGCACCAGAGGAUCCACACGGGAGAAAAACCGUAUCUCUGUAAGGAGUGUGGCAAGGCCUUCAGCCAGAAGUCAAAUCUCAUUGCUCAUGAGAAGAUUCACUCCGGAGAGAAGCCCUUUGAAUGUAACGAGUGUGGGAAGGCCUUCAGCCAGAAGCAAAACUUCAUUACCCAUCAGAAAGUCCACACGGGAGAGAAACCUUACGAUUGUAAUAAAUGUGGGAAAGCCUUUUCUCAGAUUGCUUCCCUUACCCUGCAUCUGAGAAGUCACACAGGUGAAAAGCCUUACGAGUGUGACAAGUGUGGGAAGGCCUUCUCCCAGUGCUCACUGCUCAAUUUACACAUGAGAAGCCACACGGGUGAGAAGCCCUACAUAUGUAACGAAUGCGGAAAGGCCUUCUCUCAAAGAACGUCCCUCAUUGUGCAUAUGCGAGGCCAUACCGGUGAGAAGCCCUACGAAUGUAACAAGUGUGGGAAAGCCUUCUCCCAGAGCUCAUCCCUCACCAUCCACAUCCGAGGUCACACGGGCGAGAAGCCCUUCGACUGCAGCAAGUGUGGGAAAGCCUUCUCUCAGAUCUCGUCUCUUACGCUUCACAUGAGGAAACACACAGGAGAGAAGCCCUAUAACUGUAUUGAAUGUGGCAAAGCUUUCAGCCAAAAGUCGCACCUUGUCAGACACCAGAGGAUCCACACUCAGUAGAGACUCCACCCACACUGUGUCUGUGAGGCCCGCCUUCCCAUGCACACCUCCUAGCACAUGACAUGAUCGGUUCUAGUGCGGACUGUAGGAAAACCUUGUGAAGAACCCAUGCAUUCAUUAGAGAAUUCCUACUGUUUGAUGACCAAUUGUAUGAGAAAGCUGAACAAACAAACACCCAUUGAUGUCGGUAUUCUCAUUCAAAUCUGAAAGAAAAUAUCUGCUGUGAGUCAACACACUUGAGCGCCUUGCUGAUGUAUUAAGCAUGUGAAGGGGCUUGGAAAAGCAGGAACAAUAAAUUUUAUAGGCAAUAGGAGACGAUGGGGAAGUAGGUCUCCAAUGAUAAUGUGUCAGGAAGAAAAUCUAAGGAAAUUAGGUGACAUGCUCACAACAUUCUAAAACAUGCUGACGAAUGCAAAAGACCACCUGACAAAGCAAGUUAGAAAGUUAUAAAAGUUCACGUACCCUUACAAGUCUCUCCCUCUUCCAUACGUCCACUCAGAAUUUACACAUCAGCUGUAAAGGAUUUCAUAGUAAUAUGUCAAGGGAAUAGCAAAACAAAAAGUACAUAAAAAACAAACAAAACAACAAAAAACUUUUUUUUUUUUUUACAAAACUAGGGAAGAUGUUCACUCACUUUAUAAUUAUUUAAAGUUUUUCUUGUUUAAACUCUUUUGAGUGAAUAAACUUUUGGAAACAAACUGAAAUCCAAGACUCAGCAAUGUUCUGUUUAGUGCUACUGAAAUCAUUGGACUAAGUCUAGCCUGUUCAAUAGGUGUACAAGCCAUGUGACCAAACAUGUGACUCCUUAAACAUAGAUAUACAUAAUCCAUCAGGCUGGCGAGUCGGCCUCAUUGAUAGGGUGCUUGCUGCCAAGGCUGAGAGCUGACUACGAUUCCCAGAAUCCAUAUGACUCAUGGAAAGAACUGACCCCCACACUUGUCCUUUGACCUCCAGUGGCAUCCCAUGGUGUGCGUGUACACACACUCACACCAAAUAGCAAAGGUAAAAUUCUAAAGUUAUGCUAGAAAUAAAGCUGAACAUAUUGCUUUGGAGUAAGAGUAUUAACAAAAAAGCCCACAAACAUGGAAUAGUCUAUUUUCUUUUAGUGUAUUGGACUCAGAAGUAUCCCAUGUAUGUCUGCCAAGAUUUAUCUAUAAAGGUUCCCAGAUUCAUGGUUUGGUUUACUCUAAAUGAUAUGUAAUGUUAUCAUCACUGCAGAGAUAGAUCAAUAUGUUUCUUUCUAUGAUAGGACACUAUUCUUUAUUUAAAAUAUACAAAAUUCACAUGUAGUUACAUGGCUAGAUCACAAUAUUUUGAGAGGGAAAACCAAAAUACUCAGUUAACCAUGGUAUAAUAUUUGUAAGUUAAUAAAACAGUUCAAAGAACAGUAUUGGAUAUGCUCCUGGUCCAUUUAUGAUAUUAGUUGCCUUUGAGGAUGUAGAAAGCUUUUAUGGAAGUUGUUACGUUGAUCUGUAAUACUUCAGUAAAAGAAUAAAAGCAAAUAUUACAGUGCUAACAAGUCUAUUCAUCACAUUAGUUUGGAGGCUUUAGAGGUCUUGUGUCUAGUUGCCUAUGUUACGAGAGUAAGUCAGUUGGGUGUCAGAAUCAUGGGCUUACAGAAUCCAUUUUCAAAUGGUAAUCCUCUUUACACAAGCCUAAUUUGUUUUUAUGCUGUCAUGGUUGGAUCUGGGAUAUUUUCCCCAGAGAUCCAUAUGUUGAGACUUGGUCCCCAAACCAACAGUGUUCAGAAGUGAUUUGGUCAUGAGGGUUCUGACCUCUUCAAAGUUGAAUCCACGUAAGGAUUCCUAACUGAUGCCAAAAGGUGAGGGGAGGGGGCUGUAGGAGGGGAUACCCACUCAGAGGAAGCAGGCCACCAAGCAUGCCUCCAAAGUAAGACGCUUCUACCUUAUUCCAGUUGAGUUUUUUGUAGUCACUCUUGUUGUAGUAACAGGGAGCUGGCUAACUUGUCAGAAUCUUCAUUGGGAUAAUGCCAACCAACAGCAUAAAACAUUUGGGGCUAGUUUAAAAAAUUUGAAGCAUUUAUCUUCAACUUAGCUCCUUUCCCAGUUGAAAGUAGUAGAAAAACAAAAGACAUUACUUAUUGGAAUAAUUGACUCUCAAGUUUAAAAUGUAAGGCGCCAUUGCAUUUCAGUUGCAGUUGAAAAGAAAGAGGAAAAGGAACUGUGCACACAGCCUCUCAAGCCGGGGACCAGCGCCAGAGCCAGGGCAGGAGUGGAGCUCAGUGGAGCUCAGCAAGCUUUUCUGAGUGUCAACAUUCCUUGUUUUCUUU